CACGUAUGCGCGAUUAAACGUGUGUGUUGUCUUACGUCUUACAAAGAUAUUUCACUCUUUAAUGAGUGUCAAAAAAAAUAUAUAAGAUAAAAAACUGAUUUAUAUCAUGUAUCCUAAAUAUUAAAAUCGUAUAUAAAUUUUUUAUAAAGCCAUUGUUAAUUAUUAUUAUUGUUUUUAAUUAUUAAAUGUCAUCGUAUUUAAACAAUAGAGUGAAAAUAUGUAUUUUUUUAAUAAAAUCACAAUCACUGAUUUUUAGAUUUAUUUUACUGUUCAAUAGCAGCCAAGGGUUAUGACAAAUAGAUACAAAAAUAUAAUAAUUUUAUUAUUGACUAUUUAUUAUUUUUAUUUUUAUAAUAUCGAAACAAGACCAUCAUGUCAGAAAAGUGUAAGGAAUGCACUUGCGUAAAAUGCACAAUAAAUGCCAACAGAUUCAGCGACGUACAUUUACAUGCGGAAAUCGAACAGUUACGUCAAAAAUUAAAGGAAAAAGAAAAUUAUAUUGUUAAAAUAGAAACGCAGUACUUGAAGGAGGUUGAUAAAUUUCCAAAUGGUAAAUUGGCGUCGAUGAAGAUUGACUUACGUCUAUCGGAAGAAAAACAUGCACGACUAAUGGAGGCACAAAAGAGGAUGCUUAAAGUUAAUCAAAAUCUCGAAGAUAAAUUGCUGAAACUUGUUGAUAAAUGUGAGACUGAGAAGAGUGCCUUUAUUAAGGACAUAGCGACACUGUCACAUCGUUUGGCUGAUGCUAAUUUGACAAUUCACAGCUUGUCCCAAGACAAUGCUAGAUACAGAGCUGAUAUGAAUCUAGCUAUUCAAUCGCUUCAAUGUAAACCAUCCAACUUCGUUGGACAAAAAUAUGAUGCUUUGCCACUAGAAAUACAGUCACGAGUAAAACAUUACAUGAGUCAAAAGCGACGUUCAAGUGAUCAAUCACAAUCAGAAGUUAAAAGUAUAACUGUGCCAAUAUCAACGUUUCCACCAACAGCAAUGGUUUACAACAUAACAAAAACAAAUCCAGACAAGCACAGUGAUGACGAGAGUGACGACGGUAAACCACAAAUAGAUGUAGUUUCAGCAGCAAUUAUGGCCAAAGUCCUUGAAGAUCGGGAAAAGGAUCGUUUGCUUGCCAAACAUUGUUCAACGUGUGUUUGUCAUAAAUCUAUUUUAACUGUCGAUUCCCAUACGCAAACGAGCCCCGAUAAUAUUAUUUGUAAUAAGGUGCAAACUAGUCCAAAUAAUAACAGUAAGAAUAAUAAUAGUAAUACUAAUACUAAUAAUAACAAUAACAAUAAUAAUUACGAUUUAUGUAAAAGUGAUGAAACAAAAUGUCAAAGUUUGAAUGUUAAUAAAACAGGCGUAUGCACAAAAGUAAAUCAGGAUUUGCCAUCACAAAUAAAAAUUGAACGUCAAUCUAAAUCAACGCUUAAAAUAAAACAAAAUAAUAAACCCAAGAGGAUAGAAAUUCCAAUUGACAAUAUAGUAAUACAAAAAUCACAGGGUCAAGUUAAUCCUGUUGAUAUAAUAAACGAACGAAUAUGGCGAAAUAAUUGGAGCAAAUCGAAAUUGAAUUCUCCCCAGCUAGAAGGCAACAGUGAAUCGAAUAGUAAAAGUGACAUUCAUUUAGAUGUAAUAAAUGAACGGAUUUGGAAGACAGAACCCCGUAACAAUAUUAAUAACAAUAACCAUAACAACAACAAUAACAACAAUAAUAAUAAUAACAACAACAACAAUAGCAAUCACAAUAAUCAGGUGACAGUAAUCGAAGUUUCAAAUGAAGAGACUGCAAAUCAAACCCCAGACUUUGCAGUAAGUCCGAGCUUCAGUAAUGACAGCGUUCUGAUGUCGAGCUCUGAACCGUCAAGUAGCUCGAGUGAUCUAGUCCAAAUAAAUAAUGAAAAGCGACGAUUACUCAGUCCAGUAAAUAAAGAUCGUGUUAUUGGCCCGCGAAAUUGUUUGAUGCGCGUAAGUCGUGAGGGAUCGAAAAAUAUUUUACUAGACAACGCUGGUCAAUAUCAGACAGUUCUUUAUACAAGCUCUGGAAGUGGUAGCGGUAGUGCCAAUCAAACAAACACAGCUCUCGUACACAAUUUGGCUAAAUCAACACGUUCUGGUAGAUCGCUGUCAACUAGCAGUGAAGAAGCUCUUCCUAUUUUAUCAAACGAUGCAACGCAAUUACAGAGGGUGGCUGAGUGGGUUCAGUCAUCUGUUGGGGUUAAAAAAAUUCCUCAUACAAGAAACAGUAAUAGCAUCAUUAGUAAUACUAAUAAUAUAAAUAUUAAUAAUAAUAAUAACAAUAAUAAUAUUAAUAAUACUGGUAUUAAGCCGAGCACAUCCAGUGAUAAUCUGACACAGCCACAAAAUAUGAAGAGCACAAAAUCAUCCUGUAUUAUCGAAAUACCGAAUACUGAUGAUCUUAUUAAUGAAAAUAAUUCUUUAAAGGUGGCGUUUGAUAGCAACAAAGGGAUUGCCAAUGAACUGGUUAUUAAAACACACGUGAUUGACAAAAAGAGUUUAUUGAGUUGCAAUAAAAAACAAGAGAAUGAGCAAGUAAAAGAUUUGAUUUGCUUCGACUCGACAAACGAAGACGACGGAGAGGACGAGGAUGGAAGAAAAAAUAAGAGCAGAAGUAAUGAAAAAAAAUUAAGCACAAGUGAUGAAGAUUGCGAAGUUAAAAUAACCAAAGAAAUGGAAGAAACUUAUUUGAAAUUAGCUGCCAGUCUUGAUCCGCGUACAUUACGUUUGCCCACUAAUGUAAAUGCUGAUCUGACAAUUGAAAAAUAUCGUAAGGAUCAUAAGAAAAUUUAUAUGCAAAAAAUACACGAAAAAACAGAAACUAAUACAUAACGUCGAGCUAUAAUACGUAUUAUUAAUACUGCUACUUCUUAUUCUUAUUCUUGUUCGAAUUCUUCUUCACCUUGUUCUACUUUUUCAUCAACUUGGUCAUCAAACUCGUUGACUUGUGAUCACAAUUCUGUACAAUAUUUUAUUUAUAAAUCAAGUCCUUGUGUUAAAAAAUAUUUAUUACGUGAUAAUGAUAAUUGAAGCCCGAAAUUAUAAUAUUUUAUUUUAUUAUUAUUAUUAUUAUUAUUAUUAUUAUUAUUAUUAUUAUUAUUAUUAAUAAUAAUUUGUUUAAAUAAUUUUUUAUAUAAAACUAUUAUUAUUGUAGAUCGAUUAGAUUUAAUAGUUUAGAAAUUAUAGCUUUUAAAAUGUAAUUUUAUACAAAUUUUUUAUAAUUUAUAAACUAUUGAACUCUAGAUCAUUAUAAUUUUAUUAAACGAAACAAAAAAAAUGAUAUAUAUUUACAAUUAAAAUUACCUCAUAAAAAAAAAUGAAAUAUAUAUAAAUACCUGUAUAGACACAAACUUUCGGGCUUUAAUUUAAUAAAUUAAUCAAAUAUAUUUAAUUAAAAUUAAAAGUUAUAAUUAAGUAGCAAAUAUAAAAGCUAAUUUAUGCAAAACCGCUUACUAAAAAAAAUGAUUCGGCCUAUAAAAUCAAAAUUUUCUCUCAUUAAAUACGUGAUAUUUAAUAUGCAUCUUUAGUUUGAAUUUAAAAAACAAAAUAACUAAACAUACAUACAUACAUACAUACAUAAAUAAGUGAAAUUACGAGAGAAAAUAUUUAUGCUAAGAACUUAUUUAAAAAUAAAAAAAUAAAAAUGUAAUUUAUUUAGCCGGAAGUUUAAUAAGUGCCGCUGUUGCUAUAAUAAAUAAUGAAAAAAAUAAUAAUAAAAUAAAAUCUGAAAGAAAAUCAAUAUUAAAAAACAUUGUAUGAGAAUUAUUAUCCAGGGUACAAUGAAUACUAAUAAACUCAUAUGGUUUGUAUGCUAAUAUAAACAUAAUGACAAUACCAUGGCUGAUUAUAAGCUACCCUUAUUAUUAUUAUUAUCAUAAUUAUUAUUAUUAUUAUUGUUUAUAUCAUACAACGUUAAAGCUUAAGUGUUGCUCGAUUAUACUGGAGGAUCAUUACAUAGGCAGUAUUACUAUUACUAUUAUAAUACUUAUUACCUACACACAAGUAAACACAUAACACAAAAUUGAUUGAUAGCUUGGAAAAAAGUGUGACUAUUUUGAUGCCAAAGGCCGCGACAUAUCGGUCUCUAGUUCAUAAUUACUUCUUACUCGGCUAGAUGGAUUUUUAAUUAUUUAAUUACACUCGUGUUUAAAAAAUAAGUUACUAAAAAUUUUUCGACUUUUAAAUUUUAAAUAAUUUAUAAUUAUUUUAACUAGCAGUAAGCAAAUAGUUUGAAUUUACAAGUUUUUCGUAUUGAAUCGAAUCGAAUUUUUCGUAAAUUUGUAAAUUGUUCAAACAUUUCUUUUUGAACAACUUAAAAUUGUGAUAUUUUUUACAAUAAUUCAAAUUUUCGUCAGAGGCAAAUAAAACUUAGCUCUCCAUUCAAUAAAAUUGAAUAUUUGAAAGCUGAUAAGAAUUUUUGCGAUUUGAAUCGAGUAAUUUUAAAAGUUACAAUUCAAAAACUUUCGGAUAAUAAAAUUGACGAAUAAUUCGAAUUAUUCGAUUCAAUUCAAAUCCGAGCUCUAAAAAUUCAGAUCAAAAUUUAAAAUAAUUAAAAAAUUUAUCAUGAUACUGAAGUAAGCGGACGUCUAAUAAUUUUUGGAUGUUUUUAAAUAUGAUAAAUUAUAAAAAAAAAAUAUUUAACAAAUUGCACCUAUAGCUUUUUUAAUUUUCUACAUGUGCAUGUUUUUAGUUUUUUUUUUGUAAUUGAUUUGUUGAAAAAAAAUCCGAAAAUUGUUGUUGAGUAAUUGUCUACUAACUUCAGGAUAAUAAAUUUAUCGCUUUUAUUUUUCUUCAUAAACAAGUAAAUUUAAAAAUAAAUAUUUUGAAAGUUAAAAAAUAGUUUUUGUAAGAAUUUGAAUACGCGCACGAGAUUUUUUAAAUAUUAAUUUAAUUUAAAUUAUUUAAAAUUUAAAAGUUGUGAAGAAAAGUUUUGUAAUAUUUUUUUUGACAUGGGCAUCAGUAAGAACUUCAAAAUUUUUAUUUUUUCUAAUGAAAAAUAUAUAUUUAAAUGCGUGACGACGACAUGCCCGUAUGUCUAUUAGUCUAAUGUGUAAUGUAACGUAACAUUAUUUUUUUUUUUUGCUGAAAAAAAAGUAAAAACUAUUUGUUAAAUAACCUAAGAUAUAUCUGUAUAUACGGAAGUUAAUGGAAUAAAUAUAUUU